AUGCUUACCAGAGGAAGUUGUUCCGUAUGCCAUCAGGCAAGCGCAGGGCCAUUCUGCGAGAGCCGUGGAAGGCAUGGUGUUCUAUGCUUAUUGCUGCGACUUGAAGCGAUGAAGAAUGCAAAGAAAGCAAGCAAGAAAGCCAAGGCAGCUCGCAUGACUGUCCCGGUCUCAGAAGCGGAGUCCGAUCGCCGGCUGCGACCCGUGUUGGAUGCUCUUUACAAUCACAAUUCGAGGCAGGCACUGAGGCAUGCGCAACAGGCUCUUCAGAGGAGACCAGGGUGGCCAGCGGCUCGUGCGUUGCGUGCAUGUGCGCUAUUGCAAAGUGGGCAUUGGGCCGCGGCAAAGGAGGAAAUCGCAGAAGUCCGAGCGGAUUUGGACGCUGGUCGUGUUCCCCUAGACGAGGAUUGCGCAAGAAAGCUCCACAUGUAUUACUUGGAAGUGCGAAGGGAGGAAAUUGCGGCGGAACUGUACGAACGAGUCUGGAAAACUGAUCAAGCGCAGUUUCAGCCAGCAGAAAUCGCAUAUGGUCUCUAUAUCAGGGGGAGUGCGUUUACCUCUGCACAGAAAUUAGCGACCAAACUUCAUCGAAUCGCGUCUUCACAAACGCCAAAGUACGGAAUGUGGGCUACAGCUGCGCUGUGGUUGGGAUUGACAUGCAAGUCUAGACGUAACAGAGCUGCCGAGACUUCCACAUCAGAUGCACAAAUGUUAAAGCUAGCGAGCGCAAUGCUUUCAACAGCGCUGGAUGCUUCACCAACACCCUCAGCGGAAAUGGUGCGGUUUUCGCUGAGGGUAUACGAAGAUGGAGGGAAUUUUGACAAAGCACGUGAACUAGUUUCUAACCCCCGCUUGGUAAUGGACGAUACAGAAAAACUACAGUUGCGAUCGGAGAUUAAAUCUGUCAAGGGCAGUCGCGAAACGGAUUUACGAACGCUCAUAUCAGAGCAUGACGCGGAUGAUUGGAUUAACUGGAUGAAGUUUUUCAAUUGUGUCGAGAAAGAGGAGAACUGGAAACAACGAGUGUCGACACUGGUUAGCGAAUUGAGAGCCAUCGAACUCGCAUCUUCUAGACCAAAGCGGGGCCCAUUUUUGGCAGAACUGGAACUUCUCUGCAGAUUGGAAGAAUUUGAAAAUCUUGCAGAAGCAAUUGUACAGUUCUUUCGGCGAUUUGGUUCGAAAACAGUUUGUGCCCAUGAUCUCCGGCCGUAUCUGACGGCCAUCAAGAAAACAAAAUUGCUUGAAGUAUCUUUCGACAAGAUGUCUGCACUAGUCAGUAGCGGCACAGAUGCCAGUCAUCUCACUCUAGCUUGGAUGCGACUCUGGUAUGAUCGGCUAGGAGAAAGUGAAGAAGAACUCUUCCAGCACUACACUCGACUCUUAACAGAGAAAACAGACAAAACUGAGCGCCAGGCUGGAGAUGAUUACCUGCUGCUGAUUGCUCAUAAGCUAUUGCCAGAGUCUUUGGAAGGAAGUUCAAAUCGCUAUGCGGACGUCUCUCGAGUAGUCCGCGCAAUACUCAUUCUUGAAACGGGACUGUCAAAGAGCCCGUUCAAUUUCCAUAUCAAACUGCUGUUGAUGAGACUGUACAGAGAAAUUGGUGCGACUCAACGAAUGGCAGAGCUGUGGCAAUCACUAGAAAUCAAAGACAUCCUUGUUCCCACAUUGAUACAUUUAAUAAUGCAACCUGCCUUUGACCUAGGCCAUCACGACGUCUCUCUGGGCCUACUGGAGCGUGUUGAACGCCUUUGGCGUGAGUGCGACCGGGAAGUACCGGAAUGCACAAGUAAAGCGUUCAGGGCUGGGUCAAUAAAUGCGGCUAUUGAAUUCGUGCUUUUCAGAAAGCGUUUGGAGGGAUCGGCUGAAUUAGCGCAGUGCAUGAUCAGAGAAGUUUUGCACAACCUAGUGAUUGCUGGAGGCGAGGGAAUUGGGGUUCAGCGGGCAUUCGACUGUUUAAGUCAGUUGCCUCGCUUUACCAUUGACACAGUACAGGUGCCCAGAAGUUUGAUAACAAAUGAAGAUCAUGAGUGUUGGCGAUUUUGGGAGCUCCACGCUGGUGAACAGCGAGGUAGAAUGCAAAUUCCAGACACUCUCACAGAGGAGAGGGGCGUUUUAUGUCCCUUGGUGGAGCAAGAAGCUAUUGCGGCAGAUCUGGCGUCUCUCGAGUUGUUGGUUCGUAUUGCAGUCAAAGAUUUUGACUCCGACCGCACGGGACGAAGCCUCGAGGAUACGGCUUCUCCGUUGAAGCGCCUUCUUGAUUCAAAAGUCAUUUCGGAGUUGCCUGAAACAACAGUGCUGAGAAUGAAGGUCGCUUUAAACUUGCUCGAAGCUCACCAGCUGUUGCAAUCCGAAAAGUCCCAAGUCCUACAGCCUGCGCCGCAGAACAACGCUUUGAAGCACAAAAAAAUACUGCAAACCGCUCAAUCUGCGGUGGACAUGCUCCUGACGAUGUCGCAGUCCGUAACUAGGACCAAUGGGAAGGACCACCCCACAAACAAAACUGACGGCAAAAGUGCUGUCAGCGGAUCAAAUAGUGCACCGAGCGAGGCAUUGCAUACCGCAAGCCAGCUUAGGCAAUGCGGAAGAAUGGUUUUCGACACGCUGUUGGUGACAUCUAUGGCUGUCACUUCAUUCAGUCCAGAGCUGCGCAUAGGCAAGAAACGAGGGAAAAAAGCCCGUGCCAAAACAGGGGCGUCAAUGGAUUCGGCAGGUCUGAAUAACGUCGAGUGCGCGAGGCAAGUUGACUUCUUCGUCACUGGUCUUGAGUCGGGCGUCCGCUCGGAAUCCCAGUGA